AUGGCUACUGCAGGAAAAGUAGUGUCGGCAGCGGCCAUAUCGGCUAAGGAGUUUGGAGAUCUUCUUGACAGAUAUCCGUCACUGGUUCAAUCAGUGUCAGAUGGGAAGGCCGCCAAAACCGGCCAGAAGACUCUCGUCGAGCUCGACCAGUAUCGUUACGUCGAAGCCCCAGACUGCUUCCGGCUCGAUGAACCUAAAAGACCCAUGGCCCAUGACGAUGUCAAGGCCCUUGUGGAGUGGAAGCUGCGCCACGGAAAGUUUCGCCCAACAUUAAUGAAACUUGUCAGCUCCAACGAUGCAGAAGCGGUGAGGGACAUCGUCGAGAGCGCGAUUAAGACGUAUCGUACAGAAUCUGAAGUCUCGGCGCCCGUUGAGAUCUUGUCAUUCUAUUGGCUGUGCUGCAAUGGCAAGAAGGACGCUAUCAAGUACAACAGAAAGGAGUAUGCCACACUCAACCAAGAGGCCCAGAAAGUAACCAAAAGGCUGGGCGUGAACGCGAUGGACUUGGAAAAGUCGCCUACGUUGUAA